UUUGUCCGUUAUCUUGUGCCUACCCAACAUCUUGCCAACUCGUUCUAACCAGAUUCGAGACCAGCCUCGACUACGUACGCUUUUGUCCGAGCAGGAGCAAACUUGAGUUUCUGGUCAAACAUUAAUCAUGCCAAAGGUCGUCUCUCGUUCAGCGGUCUCCUCAUCCACGGAUGCACGGCCAACGGCAUCGGCCGCAGCUGCUCUCAGGGUGUACUACUGCAUCUGUGGCGAGUUUAUCCUCGUGAUUGAAAAAAGCCUUUCAGCGCUCCCAAAGCGCCAGACUGAUGGUGCUACCAUCAUUCGCUGUCAGGAUAGCGGUACAGAGGAUGCAAUCGUUCUCAAAUUAAACGCUAUAUCUACUGAUCCCGUUCUAGUCGAAAGGCCAGAGGGACACGAGCGCCAGUACAGAUUCUCAUGUCCACGGUGCAACUUAUUGGUCGGAUACCAAUCUACACCACCCCCUGUCAAAUCUGGUCCGUAUCUGUAUAUCCUCAGGGGAGCCCUUACGCAAAUGCAAGGCCAAGUUCCCAAGGACGCUUUUGAUGGUGAAGCUGCCCUGGACCUUUCAGAAACUGGAACCCAGUAGCAUGGUUGCAUGAGAUGGUUACACCACCGAAUUGGAUAUAACCUCGCAUGAAUGCCCGCCCAGGGUCUAGGGACAUGGUCGUUGAAUGCGGUGCAGAGCUAUUAGUAACGGAUGUCAUUGAUGAAAACCGAUCACUGAAAUGCUGAGAUAUGACAUCGCGGGCAAUCAAAAGACAACCUGGAAACUAUUGUUAGUUAGACGUCUUGGUAAACAAAAUUGAACAAAGUAAAAGCGGCUCAGCUACCGUUGUAGAAAAAACUCACAAUCCAUGCAUCCAGUAGACGCACAGAUUCAUACAGUGUGAAUAAAUAUGUCAUCACUACCGCAAAAACAAGAGAAGAGCGAAACAUGUAAUUGUACACUCACCAUUGGUGUUAGUUGCAUCUUUGCGACAGAGUCGGU